AUGGCGGGUGAUUCAAAGGGUCCAACAGUGAUCGCGAUCGCGGUCACUUUUGCAGUCUGGACCUUCAUCAUCAUGUGUCUACGGCUCUUCUCGCGCGUCUUUGUUCUCCAGAAGAUGGGAUUCGACGAUUAUAUGAUUGUCUGUGCUUGUCUGACAUCAUGGGCCUUUUCUGCCGUAACGGUCGUGUCGGUGAAGUAUGGGUUAGGUUCCCAUAUCGGAGACAUCGAUCCGAACAAGAUGGAGACUUAUUCUAUGAUAGUUUGGAUAAGUUCGAUGUGUUACUUGGCCACAUUGGGCUUUGUCAAGUCGUCCGUUUGUCUGUUUUAUACUCGGCUCGGCGAUCGGCUUCUCACUCGGCUCUCGAUGUGCAUGUUAGGUGUGAUUAUCGCACAGGCUUCGUCGUUUGUGCUAGUGGCGGCAUUUCAGUGUCGACCUAUUGAAAAGGCUUGGAAAGUCACGACGCCGGGGACGUGCGUGAACAUCAACGUCUUCUACCUGGCGAACGCGGCCCUGAAUAUUUUGACCGACAUCAUGACAUAUAGCCUGCCCCUCCGAGUGAUAUUCAAGCUUCAGGUGCCGGCCAAGCAAAAAGUUGCACUGGGGUUCAUCCUUUGCAUCGGGCUGUUUGCCUGCAUCGCAUCAAUCAUUCGCAUUACCUACAUUCCUGCCAUGUUGUCCGAUCCAGAUGCUACGUGGGUGAUUGCCGAGGCAAUGUAUUGGUCUGUGAUCGAGAUCAAUGUCGGCAUUUUUGCCUCCUCCAUCCCCUCGUUCAAGGCGAUUGCCUCCCGCUUUAUUCCGAGACUUAUCGGAGAGUAUUCUCGCGACAAAGGGUACAGUGGGUGGUCCAGUAGCUACGACGCCAAGAAGUUUUCCGGAUUUUCCAAAGUCCCAGAGCAGAACAUUGGCCUGGACUCUAUGGAUCCUCGACAGCCGGACGGGGAUAACCUGAUUGGCACGCAGAUAGGGUACGCAGGGGCGCAGAGUCAGGAACGGAUUAUCCCUGACGGCAAGAUCUAUGCCCAUACGGAGAUCGAGACUAACGUGGAGGUCAGUCGAGAUAUAUCUAGUCGAACCCUGUCCCAUUCCCCUUGA